UAAGUUAGACCUCUUGAUUUUCAAAUGAGAAAAUGCAAUUUUAUUUAUACAAUUUAGACAAACACUAGAAAAAUAGUGGAAGCUAUGAGGAUAGAGGGUGGAGAGAAUUAGGCAAAUAAGUUUCUCACAUGAGCUUUGUUGUUUUUUUUUCUUUUCCACUUAUAAGUAGAGCCUCUAAAUCUCCCUUGUAUAUGCAAAAGACAUAAUUUGAGAAAAUGGCCUCCUCUUCUCUACAAUCCCCAAUAGUUAAAAGGCUUGAAGGUAAGAUUGCAAUUAUAACUGGUGGUGCUAGUGGAAUAGGAGCAGCCACAACUAGACUUUUAGUUCAACAUGGUGCAAAAGUUACAAUUGCAGAUAUUCAAGACGAUGUAGGAAAUUUGUUAGUACAUGAAAUUGGCACAGAACACAUAAUGUUUGUACAUUGUAAUGUCACGAUUGAAUCUGACAUUCGAAACGUGGUUGAUGCAACCAUUGGUAAAUUUGGUAAGCUUGACAUAAUGUUCAGUAACGCUGGUAUAGCAGGUAAGCCGAUUUCAAGCAUCCUUGAUGUAAAUUACGAUAUAAUUAAGAACGUGUUUGAUGUAAACGUUGUUGGUGCAUUCUUCUGCGCGAAACACGCUGCUAGAGUGAUGAUAUCGACCAAAACAAAAGGUUCCAUUAUAUUCACAGCAAGUGUGGUGGCAACGACAUAUGGCGAUUUGCCACACACUUAUGUGGCCUCAAAAAAUGCAGUUUUGGGGCUCUCAAAGAAUGUUGGAGUCGAAUUAGGAAGAUACGGAAUAAGAGUUAAUUGUAUUUCUCCUAGUGGAAUUGGGACACCAUUGGCAUUGAAAACGCUAGGAAUAGAUGAGAGAGAAAAGGCAGAGAAAUGGUUUGGUGAAGGGGGGAAUUUGAAAGGAGCUUUAUUGGAGGAACAAGAUGUGGCAAAUGGAGUGUUGUAUUUGGCAAGCGAUGAUUCUAAAUAUGUGAGUGGUUUGAAUUUAGUUAUUGAUGGUGGUUAUAGUACUACAAAUGUGGCUUUGGGUGAGGCCUACAAGAAAUUGUUCUUAUCUACUGCUCAACUUGAGUCCAACAACAAAUAGAAAGGCAAAUUGAGAUUUUGUUUGUCCUCUUAAAUAAGUGAUGUUUCAAUAGGGAGGAAUUUCGAAAGUACAUGUAAUACAUUAAAUUAUUGAAGAAUUGCUAGUGCUCUCAGUAAACAAUAAUUAAGGAUGGAAAAGUAUUACAAUAAUUGUAUUUGUUUAUUUUAGAAUAUAAAAUGUUACAAUUUCUAUGAU